ACCCAUGAGUGUGCCGACUCGCAUUUUUUCCUUCCAGCUUCAGAUUGAUUUUGUAGCGAGUAAUGAAGGUGUCAGGGGAAAUGUAUCGGAUUAAAAGUAUACUUUAAAAAAACAUAUAUGUAGUGAAGUAAAAGUCGACAGAAAUAUAAAUAGUAAAGUAAAGUACAGAUACCCAAAAAAACGAAUAUUUCGUUACUUUACACAACUGGUAUUUUCCCAUUUUGUAUUACAAAGUAUACUGGAUUAAUAUUAUAGUCCAGUUGGGGCGGUAAUGCAACAUAUUAGAUGCCAACCGCCGUUGGCAUCCAGUAUGAAAGAAAGUGUGCACUCACUAACUGUAAAUCGCUCUGGAUAAGAGCCGUCUGCUAGAUUACUGAAAUGUUAAACUCCAAAGAAGAAGAAGACGCUUUGAACACACCAGAAGUACGUUCAAAUCCAAUGGAACGCUGCGUUUGCCUUCCAGCAUUGCGUUGCAGAGGCAGUUGUAGUGCGUUCUGUGUGGUACAUACAUUGGAUUUAUCGAACGUAUGCUUCAAACUAUGCGUUAACGGGUGGACAGAAAUGGUAGCAGAAGGUGAAUGUUGAACUUUUGUUGCACACCUAUCCAGAUGAUGCUGCGUAAAAUUUUGCACAAACACUGUCGGUGUGAUCAAGGCGCCCAUUUGUAGACACUACGCUAGCGAGUAGCGCUUGCUAGCCAGCGAAGGCACACAAUCAUAUUGAGAAAAUGGUGUACUUGUUGAAUCCUCUGGAGAACCUGAGGAGCUACAUCAAUAACCGCCCACCGCUGGUCAUCGUUAUGGUCAGCGUCAGCACCGUGGCCAUUGCCUUCCUCACCAUCGGCUACUUCUUUAAGAUCAAGGCGAUCAAAUCCCCAGAGAUGACUGAGGAUUGGAACACCUUCCUGCUGCGCUUCAACGAGAUAGACUUCUGCGUGUCGGAGAACGAGACGCUCAAGCACAGCCUGAAUGAGUCAACCACGCCGGAGAGCAUGGUGACCAGCAGCCAGGCCCCGCUGCUGCUGGAGGAUCCGGGCCCCAUCAACAUUUCUGUGCCCAUCACCCUCACCCUGGACCCACUGAGGCCCUUCGGGGGCUACUCGCGCAACAUCACCCACCUCUACGCCACCGUGCUGGGGGGGCAGGUCGGCCUGGCCGGCAGGGAAGCUCAUGAGGAGAUGAACAUCACAUUCACGCUGCCGGCGUCAUGGAAUUCUGACGAGUGCGUGCUGCACGGCCACUGUGAGCAAGUGGUGUUUAGCACCUGUAUGACCGUCACUGCUGCCAGCAACGUCUUCCCUGUCACAGUGCAGCCGCCCCACUGCAUCCCAGAGACGUACAGCAACGCCACGUCCUGGUACAAGAUCUUCACCACGGCUCGCGACUCGGACACCAAGUACACGCAGGACUACAACCCUUUCUGGUGUUACAAAGGAGCCAUCGGGAAGGUGUACCACGCCCUCAACCCCAAGCUGACUGUCAUCGUGCCAGACGACGACCGCUCGCUCAUCAACCUGCACCUAAUGCACACCAGCUACUUCCUCUUUGUGAUGGUCAUCACCAUGUUCUGUUAUGCUGUCAUCAAGGGCCGGCCAGGGAAAGUACGGACAACAACCAAUCACGACUUCUGCCCUGAAAAGGUGGCCUUGUCAGAGGGGUAAGAAGAACUCUAGGAUCUCCACCAUAACUGAACUAUAGCCGAGGAGAAGGUAGAAGAAGAAAACAUUUCCAGUUGCCUACUGAACCCUGAAAAAAAUACAGGGGUGCAAAGCUCUGUGAAUGCAUUUCUCUGCAAUGUUGGGUCACUCCAACCAAAGACAAAUUAUAUAAGUGCCUGUAUCUACUGUGUAAAUAUUUGUAGGAACUCUUCAAUUCAUUACAGAAACAGUUUGCCUGAAACCCCUGUGCCAUUGGUGACAACUCAAAUGCAAUAUCAUCAGAGCAAAAAGUCCUGAUGCGAGAUUGUCACCUCCCGCAUAAUCAUCAGGGAAAUCCUGUGAACUCCAUGUGUUGUUUAUGGUGAAAAGCCUUUGGUUACCUCGAACAUCGGGCCGUCGUCACACUGACAUAUGAUUUCUCUGCCUUUCUCUUCCCUCUGUCUUCAUCAUUCGCUUGUGUGUUCUUGAGUGGUUUAUUCUUGCUUGCAUUCUGAUAGUCCUGCAAUGGUGUGUGUGUGUUGAAGGAAAAAGCAGGCUUACUCGCCUCAGGAGUGUUGGAGGCUACAAGCCUUUUAUAGCACCUGGAAGUUACUUUUUAACUGACAAGAGUCCCAGCUAUGUCAAGUGGACUUCUGGAAAAUUGGUUGCCACAAUAUGGUGCAAAUGUCAAACUCCAUCUUCCUCCUUUUACAACCAUAUUUUUGUUUUAGUCCUACUUUCUUCCAAUAAGAUGAGCUUGUUGCUUCAAGUCAAGCUUGCGUGAUGCUGCUGACAUCAAAGCUUGUCAUACAUAGCAGAAAAAAUGCCCUUUUUCCUUGAAUUUAGUAUGCUGAUGACUGGUAUGCAUGUUAAUAAUUGGUUGUGCUCUAUUUUAAGCAUUCUGUUAUUUAUGUUUUAAUAUGUGUUCUGGGGAUGGAAAAGUGUGUGUGUAAUAGUGGAGUGAUUUACAGUAUAUGACAAAGUGCUUCACUGGCAACAAAUAAUUUAUUUUGAUUUACCUCUGUUUUUAAAAUUGUAUUUCAAUUCGUUCCGUUAUUGAUACACUUACUGAAUGUACUUUUUAAAAGCAACACCAUUUACAACAGCGACGCUGCAUUACAACUAUGAUAAUCAAAUGUAAAAAAAGAAAUUCCAAUCAUUUUGAAAUGUGAUGUACCUUUUUUUUAGUUGUUUUGUCAGCCUUUACCUCAAACUUUAAUUUCGAUUUUUUGGGGGGGCAGAACAGUAUUCUCAUUGUUUUUUGUUGCAGUAAGUUACAUUUUGAAAUUCCUUAUUUUUCCAUCUGUCAAUUUAUCAAAAGACAAGUCAGUACAGUCCUAGCUUCUUGCUUUGUUUCAUUUGCGUGUGAUUGAAUUGAUCCCUUUUAUCAUUUUGAGAAAUGGUUUUCGAGUUUGAAAUGGGUUUUAAGGGUGCUGUCAACCUUGGUUUUCCUACAGUAGUUAACUGAGUGUGGCAUACAAUACAUGCUUCUCCUCUCCAUAGCACUGCAUAAUCCCACUAUCUUCUCUGUCUUGAUAGUUCUGAAGUUCAUAAAUCUUCAUGGUUGAGAGUAUGCAGCUGUAGGUGCACCCAUAUCCUUUUUGUCUGGUUUAGGUGUCAAACAUACGGGCGGUUUAAAUGUUAUUUUAUUUGUAUUUAGUUUUACUCAAACUGCCUGCGGGCAGCAUUGAAAUCGUUGGUUUGAGGUUUUUUUUAAACGGACACUAAAUCGGAACUGUAUAGAAAUUAUAUAUAUAUAUAUUACAUUUAUGCAGUCUCUUUAAUCUGUCUAGCUUGAUCACAAUCACCGAAAUGAAAGCUAGGUAGUCAGGGAGCGUCGACAAUUCAAAAAAAUUAUGCAUAGAGGACUAUUUAUUUCUGAUUUCUUUGGGACUGCGAGGAAAUGUAACCAAUUUUCAGUGCGGGCCUACAGCCCUCAGUGAAGGCCGAAUACCGCCCAUGAGGCUAAAUGAUAUUGACACCCCUGGUCUAGUGCGUUCACAGUCAGGGCUGAAUAUAUUGCAUUUUGAAAACAUUGUAGUGUGUCACUUCAAUACAUAGUAAGGGCAGUGUCCUAGGGUGAUAUGAAUUAAGAGAAAGAUGAAAAGUGAAGCAUUAAGUUUUAAGCUCAGCAACCAUGAAUUGAAAUGCCUAUCAUUUCCUACCUAUCAUGUUGUCCUUUUCGUCCCUGUGAGAAAUGCCUGCCCAUUUGAAAGAUUGUCUUAAUAUUAAUAUUACAUGGUUGUUUUUGUUCUACAAGUAGAUGUAUAUACAGUGCAUUCGGAAAGUAUUCAGACCCCUUGACUUUUUCCACAUUUUGUCACGUUACGUCCUUAU